AAAAUCUCUAUAACCCUAUCCCCCAAAUGGUGCAAAACAAGACCCUCGUGUUCGCCAAUGUGCCCCAAGGCCUCCCCGUCGCCGGGAAAGACUUGACCAUCGAGAACCGCCCCAUCGACCUCAACGCCCCCCUCCCACCCGGCAGCGUCCUGGCCAAGACCCUGCAUAUCUCAUUCGACCCGUACCUGCGCCACCGACUCAUCCACCCGCACGCGGUGACCGAGUUCCCACACAUCCCGCUCAACGAACCCAUCCCGAACACAGGCAUAGUAAAAGUCCUGGCCGCAGCCCCUGCAUCCCCAGAGGCAGAGGCAGAGGCAGAGGCAGAGGCACCCUUCCCCGUGGGGGCCAUCCUCCGCGGCAUGGUCCCGAUCCAGGAAUACGUCGUGCUGGGCGCCGCCGACCUGCCGCAGUUCGAGCGCAUCGCGAACCCCCUCGCGCUGGACCUGCGGUACUUCCUGGGCCCGCUGGGCAUGCCGGGACUCACGGCCUACUCGGCGUUUUACGAAAUCGCGCAGCCGAAGCCGGGCGAGACGCUGUUUGUGUCUGCGGCGAGCGGCGCCGUCGGGCAGAUUGUGUGCCAGCUGGCGAAGCGCGAGGGGUUGCGUGUGAUUGGGAGUGUGGGGAGCGAGGAGAAGAGGGCGCUUCUUGUGGAUCGCGUGGGUGUGGACCACGCUUUCAAUUAUCGGAGCGUGGGGAGUGAGAAUGUGCGCGAGGAGUUGCGGAGGUUGGCUCCGGAUGGGAUUGAUAUUUACUAUGACAACGUAGGCGGGGAGCAACUCGAAGCUGCGAUUUACGAACUAAACCACCGGGGCAGGAUCGUGGCAUGCGGCUACGCCUCACAGUACCAAAAACCCGCGGAACAACGAUACGGAGUCCGCAACACCGGUCUGGUCGUCGGCAAGUGUCUGACCUGGCGCGGAUUAAGCGUGUUCGAGCCCGAGUUCGGCCCCAAAUACGGCGAGGAGCACCUGAAGCGCGUGCAGGAAUGGAUUCAAAACGGCUCCAUCAAGCCGAUUCUGGACGUGACCAAAGGAAUUGAUCAUGCUGCCGAGGGGCUGGUGCGGCUCUUCACCGGGGAGAAUAUUGGGAAGGCGGUUCUAGAUUUAAGUCAAGAGGAGGAGGAGGAGGAGGAGGAGGAGGAGGAGUAA